AUUUAGUUCCAAUUCUUCCCGCUUGGGUUAAUGUUUACUUUUAAAGCUGUCAAAAUAAGUGUUUCAAUUUGUUGACAUUUUUCAUAAUAUUUUAUGAAAAUAACUAGUUAAGAAUGAAUCAGAAUUUAAAUCAACGAGAGCAAUCAAAUGCUCUAAAGGCUUGUAAAGAAAUACUAGAAGAACUUCUUUCCGAGAAACAUGUUGAUUAUGCCUGGCCUUUCUAUCAAGAAUUUAGUAAAGAACUCACGGAUAUAAUUCACAAGAAUCAAGGUACAAUUGAAACUCCAAUGAAUUUUCAAAUUAUAAAAUCAAAAAUGGAUAAUCAUGAAUAUAAAGUAGCUCAUGAAUUUGCCACCGAUGUUCGUUUAAUGUGUAAAAAUUGUUCAAAUAUGGAAUUUCUACCGUCACUAGUUGUUAUAUCAAAAAAAUUACAUCAAGUUUUUGAGACUUUGUAUAGAAAUAUAAUUGACGAAUCAAGUAGAAAGUUGGCCCAACAAAUUGGCAAUUUAAUUGUCAUGAGUAAUAAUGCAGUUAUUGCCUGUUCUUUCAAUGAGAAUGAAUUUGAACCAACAGUUUGUUGCGAUAAUUGUUUAUUUCAAAAUAAAUCAGUUGACAGUGAUUCAGAUUCUGAUAGUUCAUGUGAAAAUUUAGAAAUUGACUAAUAAAUUGUUAAAUUUAAAA